AGUUGUCGCUGAUCCUUCUCUUGACACUUGUCUCUUCACUUAUAGUGUUGCAGCCAUGAUGGACGGGAUGGAAGAAGUUCUCCACAGCGAAACAAACGGGACAAAGAGUGGAAGGUCUGACACAGUGGACCUUAACGACAGUUCCCUUCAAGUGGAUAUUUCUGAUGCCUUGAGUGAGAGAGAGAAAGUCAAGUUUACCGUCCAUACUAAACGAGUACCUGGCAACGUUCAAGAAGACGGUGGCGAUGCAUGAAGUGUUCCUCACCAGACUAGCACAACACCCCAUCUUCAGGACAGACCACAACUUCAAGGUGUUCCUUGAAUAUGAACAGGAUCUCUCAGUCAGAACGAAGAACAAGAAAGAGAAGGUGGAAGGGCUAUUUAAGAGUUUCAACAAGUCAACCGACGAGAUCCUGUUGUCUGCCACACAGAAGGAUGUCGACGACUACUUCGAGAAGGAGAAAGGUUUUCUGCUGGAGUACCACACAGCAAUAAAGGACUCAACUAUAAAAGCUGACAAGAUGACUCAGACACAUAAAAGUGUUGCUGACUCCUACAUCAAACUCUCCUCUUGUUUGUCACAACUUGGAACCAUUGAAGGACCAAGACUAGAAAAGUUUAUUAACAAAGUGGCAAUUUUUGAAAAGGCUCGGUACCAGCCAGUGGACGUUGCAGAUGCUGAACUAGCUCAACAGAAUGCCUGCGAGAGGUUUGAACAUAUGUCAUCAAGGGCCAAGGAUGAACUGAACGACUUCAAGUCACGGCGUGUAGCGGCUUUCAGGAAGAACUUGAUUGAACUUGCUGAACUAGAACUAAAACACUCCAAGGCACAAGCUCAGCUUCUCAAGAACUGCUUACAAUCCCUGAAAGAAGAGUGACAUUUCUCUGAAAAAGUGAAAGCUUUGCAACAGGGAGAGACACCCUUGCAGACGGAGGUUUUCGUGCUCCACGCGGACUGCUAUAUGGCGCUAAGAUGAAGUCACAGAGUAUUACAAGUUGACACUACAGAUAUUGGGAGGUUGUUGGUGUAAGGUGAUAGUGAUGACUCACACUGAAGAAGAUGGUUUGUUUGUGUUGGGGAAGACAAGACAGCUGUGAUUUCUCAUUACUGUUUAGGGAUGCAUCAUGCUACACUGAAAACUGUGAUUAUAAUUAUUGUGACUAAUGAUGUCAAGUGUUAAAGGUAAACUAUCAACCAGAAGACUGAGCUGCAUUAUGUUGUUUUGGAGGGGCUGUGUUGCCUUAAUGAAUGGUUCUAGAAGGUGGAGCUUUACAGGUGUGAAAGAAAUUCUUUAAAUAAAUCAAUAUAUUACAUAGUCUGGGAUAAAUAAAACAUUGCCAAAGAGUAAUGGUCUGUUGAUAUAUCUAAUGUAUAGUGUGUGAGAGAGUGGGAAAUAUAAGAACUGAAGUGUUUUCCCUGUACAGUACAGUACAGUACAGUACAGUAUAAUACA